CUGUCUGUCGAGCGGCCUGGGCCCCGUUCCCCAGCGCUCGGGUCUCGCCCUCCCCCGCCGCACACCCGCCGCCACUGCCCAGCCAGCCAGUGCAUUAAAGAUUUAACCCGAAGGCACCGUGCUUCCCUCCUGACUGCCGCCGCCGCCGCCACGUGUAGGCUGGGAGCCCCUCCACGUCUAGUUUCCUGUUAUAUCUGAGGGUCCCUCCUCGGGGUCAGGCCCUCGUUACUGCCAGUGAUGCCCUUCACCCCCUACACCUGCAUUCAUCCCUGAGUAGCCUAUAUGGAGGGUUGGUCUUCCCCCCAACUUCAUUCCCACAUUCUUGUGUUCUCGAAACCCCAGCUGUCUGUCUGCUACCACCUUCCUCCUGGCUAAGGCUUUGCCAGAUCUUCUUUUCCUGGGAGUGGAUCUGAAAGAUCUUAAGCCCAGGGUUGUGGAUGUAGGCUGUGAGGGGGGAGCGGGAGAGUCCUAGAAGCUGCCUCCCUCAGCCCGCCAUCGGGAAGAAGAGCCUUAGGACUGUUGGAGGGCUUUCCCUAUAAUGAAUACCCCAACUUCCAGCUCCCCCAGUCUGAUCCCAAGUUUAAAGACACUUGGCAUCACCCCACCUAGAAGUUUUUACUCCUCCUUAGGAGAACCUAAGGGCCACUGUUCCCCAUCAUCCCUUUCUCCCUCUUUCACCCAGUUGACCCACUAUCUCCUAAAGUGCUGAGGGUCAGGGACUCCAGUAGGCCAACACCCCCAUCAGUUAGGGACUGGCCCCCGCACCAGAAAGGGCACUAAAGGAUUAAGUUAAAGAGACAGCCCAGUCUGUAGGCUGGGGGCAAAAGCUAACUUUCAGCCUGGGGCUGCCCCUGCCACGGCAGGUUGUGGCUGAGAAAACCUGGCCCUAUCUAUGGAGAAGCCGAAGGGAAGAGAUGGGUACGUGCCUGGAAGAAUUCAUCUCUUGCCUUCUCAGGUCUCUGGACUGACUGGUCCAAGAGAGACCACAAAGUGUAUGGCAGACAGACAGCUGAUGCAGAUCUGUGACAAGACGAUGGCACCUCAAUCACUGCACCCAAGCUCUGGGCCACAAGUCCAGGCUGCAGGGUGGAGAGAGCCCCUAAGGCCUCUGGCACUAGAAGUUCAAGAUGUCUCUGGGUUGUGUCCACCUUCAGAAAUGGACCCCGGGUUUUGAGCCAUUUUAUCCACAACGUCUACAUCAAGAACCCUAUCCAAAGGGGAGCACCCUGUCUAGCCCUGGGCCUAUACCUCACCAGGAAACGGUCAGAAUUCCUGAGUAUCCACAAGGCAAAUUCCCCGGAAGGGCCUUCAAGUCCCACCCUGGACAGGAGGGAGAAGCUCCAGUUGUUCAGCCCGAGAGGGGGACUAGUUUCUGCCCUUGGAGCCGGCGGUCCCUCCUGAUUGCUGCAGCAGAACGAGAUGCCCAGCAAAGGGAAAGCAGCUUCCACCUCAUCAUCUCCAAGGCACCCCAAAUACCACCAAAAAGGGCCUUUCCCAGCUUCUCUGAAUGUGACUGACACGCCGGCUGAGGGACCCGUUUCCAUCCAUUUCUCCUGAUAAGAUAAGCAGGCUAGGACGGGAAGUGGGGAGGGGAAAAUGAAGGAAAAUUGUGCUGGCUUGCCCUCUGCUCCACCCUACCCACAACACCCCCAUCAGAAUUUGUGUGUGCUAGUCUGACUGGAGUAUUGUGAAAACAGCUGUGUGGCAGUGGGAUUUUGAGUAUAAUUGGGGCUGCAUAAUUCUAUCUGUGGUUGUCUGACCAUGUGAGGUUGAUCGAGUGAGGUGUGACUGUGAAUGUGUAGCUAUGGGUAUAUGAGUGUGAAUGUCCAUCAUUGGAUGCCACUGAGGACUCUUGGCUGCUCUUUUCUUGGCUGCUCUUAUUCAGGCCCCACAUCAUGCACUGUCCCUCUCCCCAGCUUCUCUGCCCAGGGCUUAGGAGCCCAUGGGAAAAGGCUUUCCUAAAAGAGGAAGGGGGUUCUGGCACAGGGGUCUGUGGCAACCAGAGCCCAGGAGUGUCACCGGAUGAGAAAUCCAUCUUCAUCUGCCUCUGACUCACCUGGUGCCCCAGGUUAAAGGUAUCCAGAUAAAAGAUAGGGGAGAAGGAGGAGAGAGAGAGAGAAGUAUCCAGGCUGCGCAGCAUGAAGGAGCCCUCACCCACCAUCAGCCUCCUGCUGCUACUGUUGCUUCUGAUCCCAGACUCGGGAGCAGCAGCGCUACUGCCAUCCAGCACUACCUGCUGUACCCAGCUCUACCGACAGCCACUGUCAAGAAAGCUACUGAGGAAGGUCACCCAGGUGGAACUGCAGGAGGCUGAUGGGGACUGUCACCUCCAGGCUUUUGUUCUUCACCUGCCUCGACGCAGUGUCUGCAUCCACCCCCAGAACCGCAGCCUGGCUCGAUGGUUUGAGCGUCAAGGAAGGAGGUUCCAGAGGACUCUGCCCAACCUGAAUGUUGAUCUAAUAGGGAAAAUGGCCCGGGCCCCCAAUAGCCAAAAUAAUAAAGCUGUACUGAACAAUAAUCUCUGGUUGUGGUCUCCAAGUUCUAUGUAUUCUCCCGUGAGCCCUGAAUCUGAAGCUGAGAGACAUGUUAAUAAACAAAGAACCUCCUCAUUCUCUUUAUUCACACCUUCACAACCCCCACCAGGGGCAAGGCUAACAGCCAAGGACCCACACACACUCCCCAGAUAUCUACAUACAUACAUGCAGAGAACACAUGUUCCCUGCCUCACAUACACAUGGGCACAUAUGGACACAGAUAUACACAUCUAUAAACAUUCCACUGGUGGACCUCUAGCUCUGGGAUAAAAUCAGAGGCCCAGGUACCUUUCAUCUGGCAAGUUGGAACAGAUAGUCUCAUAGAAACGGGCUCCAAACAAAACUUCAGCUGAAACACCUCCCCUCAUGAGGAUCCACUGUCCUGCCUGGGUUCUAUCUGUCCGUCCAUCCAAA